GAAGCAAACAGUGGCCACACCCGGCAGAAACUCUGUUGAAUGCCCAUAUUUCCUACACAGUCAAAUUUCUCGGAGAAUGUGCAGUGGACCAACCCAAAGGCAUCGAUGUUGUCAGGGACGCUAUCAGGAAAAUGAAGUUCAGCAAGCACCUCAAGAGGGCCGAGGGACAGAAGCCGCCCAAAGUUGAUCUGGUCAUCUCGGCAGAUGCAGUUUCUAUCUUAGACCCAAAGACAAAACUGAUCCUGUACCAGUACCCACUACAUCUGAUCUCGUACUGUGCAGACGACAAGUGCGACAAGCAAAUGUUUACAUUCAUUGCCAAAGAAGUCAGUGGGCAGAGGCACUUUUGCUAUGUUUUUGACAGUGAUAAAUGUGCUGAAGAAAUCACACUGACGAUAGGGCAGGCGUUCGACCUGGCAUACAAGCGCUUCACGGAGACAUCUGCACUCAACGACGACAUUCGCAAACAGUUCUUCGUUCUACAAAGAAAG